UUGCGGCCGCCAUGGACCCUCUGCGGGCUCAGCAGCUGGCGGCGGAGCUGGAGGUUGACAUGAUGGCCGACAUGUACAACCGGAUGACGCAGGCAUGCCACCGCAAGUGCGUCCCCCCCCACUACAAGGAGGCGGAGCUGUCGAAGGGGGAGAGCAUCUGCCUGGACCGCUGCGUGGCCAAGUACCUGGAGGUGCACGAGCGCAUGGGCAAGAAGCUGACGGAACUCUCGCUGCAGGACGAGGAGCUGCUCAAGCGCAUGCAGCAGAGCACAGGCACAGCCUGAGCCCCCUGCCAUGGCCUGAGUCCCUUGUCCACAUGCCCCCCAAUAAACUGGAGGC